UACUGAGGGUAGCAUCUUGAUGGGUAUCUAUCUGGAGGGGAUGGCACGUAGCGAUGUAUUACUAUCUACCUAUCUGGAGUAUGUAGGAUGGAAAUGCGCUUUGAGAGUGCACCGCAGCGGCAUGGCGCCGCUAAUGGAAACCUGAUAAGAGAACAAUGUUGCCUAACUGGCAGGGGUUGAGCCUCUGGUAGCAGUGGUAGGAACAACGCUGCAGGGAUGUUGGAGUCCAAGCUCUGACUUGUCCAACGCCAUGCAGCCAUGGUGCGGUCGUUUGCCGCUGGGCCACUCUGGUUGGUGGGUGUUGGUCACAGAAGCGCUGGGGUUGGGAGCUCCGACCCCAGAAAGCACGGCGAAAAACUUCUCCCAUAACCAGUCUGCCUCGUCGCUUGCCUGUUUGGGUGCCAUUGGGUGCCAUUGGAUACCAUUGGAUACCAUUGGAUUCUGGCGCCCUCCUCAUGCGUUGUUGGCCCGUCAUGCCCCCCGGCUCCUUUCCUUCUUCUUCCGUUCUCUUUCCCCUGCACUCGAUCCAUCAUUGCGUCGGGUCUGCAGUUUUCUUCUCUUCUGCAAACCUUACCGGGUCUGCUCAGUCCCGUCCAGCUUCACGAUUAUUCACAUGUCUUCACCGUCACAUUCACAAACCAUGUCGUCAUUUGCUUCAUACGGAGGCCAAUCUAAUCAGUAUACGUCUCAGAGGCCAUACGCGACCUAUAGAAGUACCCAGAUACAUACAGAUACUGUCACUAUCCCCCGCUCAGAGUACACCGGUCUACUCCAAGAUUCACAACAUUUCUUGAAAUUGAGGGAUUCGCUCCUGACUGGAGGCCUGUCGCAGGAGACUCUUGAUGUCAGAACAUGUGCACCGAUUGACAUGCACUUACUGACCUUUCCAGAUAUUGAUCUACGGGGCUGCUCAGGCGGACUCGCAAAAUGGUAAUCAGGAAAACUUCACUGCAACCGUUCCUGCCGAUAAGAUACAUGGGGAUGAUGCUGCUGGCUGUCAGGAACACGCAGAGGUGCAGUACCAGA